AUAUCAGAGUUAAUUUGAAGCAAUGGAUAGAAAGAUAGCCAUAAUUGGGGCUGGUGUCAGUGGCUUAAUAGCCUGUAAGUAUACCCUGUCCAAGGGCUUCCACCCCAUUGUUUUUGAGGCUGAAAGCAGCAUUGGAGGGGUAUGGUCCAAAACUCUUAAGUCUACAAAGCUCCAAACUUCCAAAGGUUCGUACCGGUUCGCCGAUUUUCCAUGGCCAUCGUCGGUCACGGAAGACUUCCCUGACCAUCGUCAAGUCUAUGAAUAUCUCCAAGCUUACGCGCGACAUUUUGAUCUGCUUAAGCACAUCAACUUCAACAAUAAAGUAGUUGGUAUUGAGUAUGAAGGUGCAUCCGAAGCAGAGAUGCAGUCAUGGAGCUUUUGGAGUGGCAAUGGUGAGCCCUUUAGCUCUACAAGGAAAUGGAAGGUCCAUGUCCAAGACAUUAACACCCUAUCAACUGAGAUUUAUGAGGUGGAUUUUGUAAUCCUUUGUUUGGGGAGGUUUAGUGGCUUGCCAAACAUCCCAGAAUUCCCUCCAAACAAAGGGCCAGAAGCAUUUCAUGGGAAAGUAAUUCACUCAAUGGAAUAUGCUGCAAUGGACGAUGAAAGCGCUGCUAAAUUCAUCGAAGGUAAAAAAGUCACAGUUGUUGGGUUCCAGAAAUCUGCACUGGACAUUGCAAACGAAUGUGCAGCAGCAAAUGGGGUGGAAAAUCCCUGUACAGUUUUAUACAGGACUGAAUGUUGGACUAUACUUGAUUCCUUUGCAUGGGGUGUCCACAUGAAAAAUUUAUAUGGCAAUCGCUUCUCAGAGCUUUUAGUUCAUAAGCCUGGUGAAGGGCUUUUGCUUAGUAUCUUGGCAACAAUGCUUUCACCUGUGAGAUGGUGUUUUUCAAAAUUUGUCGAAAGCGAUCUCAGAAGGAGGCUUCCUCUGGCAAAGUUUGGAAUGGUACCAAAGCAAAGCUUUUUUGAAAAUAAAAAUUCCUGUUUGAUCCCAACACUUCCAGAAAAAUUCUAUGGUAAAGUUGAAGAAGGAAGCAUCAGAUUGAAGAAAGCUCCAAGCUUUAGCUUCUGUAAGGAUGGGGUUGUGAUAGAUGGAAAUGAGGCUGCUCCAAUACAAACAGACUUGGUUAUUCUAGCAACAGGAUUCAGAGGGGAUAAAAAGCUCAAGGACAUUUUUGUAUCCCAAACCUUUCAAGAUUGCAUUUCCGGAACUCCAAAGGCAGCAGUUCCACUCUACAGGGAUUGCAUUCAUCCUCGAAUACCCCAACUAGCAGUGAUGGGAUUCGCUGAUAGUGGGUCGAAGGUUUUCACCUCGGAGAUGAAAUGCCUCUGGCUAGUAGAGCUUCUGGAUAGAAAAUUCAAACUACCCAGGAUUAAGGAGAUGGAAAAGGAUGCAGAAAAAUGGGUUGCAUACUGGAAACAGUAUUCUGGUAGGUACUACCGGAAAUCAUGCCUUCUUUCCACUAACAUAUGGUAUAAUGAUCAACUCUGCAAGGACAUGGGAUGGAACCCUAAGAGGAAGAAAGGAUUCUUUGCUGAGCUAUUUGAGCCUUACGGCCCCAUGGACUAUGUUGCCCCUUGAACUUGGCUAUUGUUAACAGUGAUAAAGAUUGUGCUGUUCGGGUUCUUUUCGUGCCUGAACGUUUAGCAUAUUUGGUCCAAUUGUAGCUUUUAUUAAGGUGCCAGCUAAUGUGCUGUAGCAUGAAAUUAUAAAUAACUGUUCUGAGC